AUGAAUACACCAAAGAACUUGCCAGAGGCGCCGGCGCCGACGGAAGGAGACCUGUCCUCCUCCUCUUCCACCAGCUCCCCCUCCGCACCAGCAGCCACCAGCGCAGCACAACAAUCCGACAACAUCGCUCAUGCCCUCGCCGGCGCUGGCGGCGGACUCAUCGCCACUGCGCUCACAUACCCACUCAUCACCCUCUCAACCCGCGCCCAAGUCGAGUCCGCCCGCGCCAACGAAUCCUCCCUCGCCUCCGCCCGCCACAUCAUUAACCGCGAGGGCAUCACAGGCCUGUACUCCGGCAUCGACUCCGCCGUCGUAGGCAUCAGCGUCACCAACUUUGUCUACUACUACUGGUACGAGUGGACCCGAGCGGGCUUCGAAAAGGCCAAAGCCGCGCGAGGAGAGUCGAAGCGAUUGGGGACCAUCGAGAGCAUGAUUGCCGGCGCGGUGGCGGGGAGCGCGACGGUGUUGAUCACGAACCCAAUUUGGGUUGUGAAUACGCGGAUGACUGCGAAGGCGAAUAAUGGUGAGGAGAAGGAUGUGGAGGCGCAGGGCUUCAAGAAGAGCAAGAAGCCGAGCACGAUCGGCACAUUGCUUACACUUCUGAAGGAGGAGGGGCCAAGUGCGCUGUUCGCGGGUGUGUUGCCUGCGUUGGUGUUGGUUAUCAACCCGAUUCUGCAGUAUACCAUCUACGAGCAAUUGAAGAACUUCCUUGAGAAGAGGCGCAAGGUUGGGCCGAGGGAUUCUUUCCUGUUGGGUGCGUUGGGGAAGUUGUUGGCUACGAGUAUCACGUAUCCGUACAUCACGGUCAAGAGUCGGGCGCAUGUGGCGAAGAAGGUCCAGGGGCAGAAGGCAGUGGGAAUGGCGGAGAGUCUGAACAAGAUUGUGACGGAGGAGGGGUAUGCUGGGUUAUACAAGGGUAUCGUCCCCAAAGUCUCUCAAUCAGUCCUCACAGCGGCAUUCCUCUUCGCCUUCAAGGACGUCUUGUACGACGCCAUGGUCAAAGCCCGUCAAAAGGUCGCCACGAAGAACGCGGUUCGGAUCUAG